CAGCGAAUUGUCACUGUCAGUUAGUUGAUUUAUCGAUUUUAUCAAAACAAAGCCAUCUUUGUUGAGGUUGAGGCCACAGGUUGAGGCAAAAUAUCUAAGGAAAAAAACACUACUAUGGAGAAGGAUCUGGAUAAGGUUGUGGAUGAAAUAAUGGCUACGCCUCAAAUAAACGGGUGUAUAGUUGCCGAUCAUCAGGGGCUCUGUCUCGCAGCUAAAGGGACAGCUCAUGUCGACUCCGCCGGAAUUAUCGUGGCAUUAUCAGAGCAGGCGUGUAAAAUACAGCCAAAUUUGAAGCCUCCUACAAUCUGCUUGGAAACGGAUAAGAAGUUAUGUCUGGUACAGCGACAUGGCACUAUAACCGGAGCUAUUUUUAAACUGAAGACAUAAACUAUUCUUUUAUAUUAAGUUUAAAUUAAUUAUGUUU